AAACAAGAGAAAGAAUUAGGCAAACAAAUAAAUAACCCACAGAUCCCACCUUUCAACUACCUAUCCCAUCUGCUUAUUCAUUUCUUUUUUUAAUUUCGUUAAAAUUGUCAUAACCCUCACCACAAACGAUAUAUUAAUUUCCUCUUCAUCAUAUUCGAAGAAAACAUAUACAAAUUUUCUUGCAGAAUUCUAUACUCUCGUGAUCAAAUGGCGAGCGAGGAAGUCGUGGUGGUUGAAGGAGAGAGAGCAGGAGCUACGAUCGUAUAUGGGGCGGACGAGUGUUACAAGAAGUCGGUGGAGCUUCUAGAGGAGCUAGGGUUUCCAAAAGGUGUGAUGCCUUUGAAGAACCUCGUUGAGUGUGGAAGAGUUAGAGACACGGGUUACGUGUGGAUGAAGCAAAACACCCCUUAUGAACAUUUCUUCGAAGGCACCAACACUCGCGUUUCCUACGGUCUUGAGGUCACCGCCUAUAUCGACAAGUGUUGUAUGAAGAAGAUGACAGGCGUGAAGAGUAAGCAGAUGUUUAUGUGGGUACCGAUUGCGGAGAUGACUAUGGAGGAGCCAAAGAGCAAGAAGAUUUACUUCAAGACUCCUAUGGGAAUCGGCAAGUCGUAUCACGUUACCGCAUUCAUGGACGAGGAAGAGAAGCGCAACUUUUACUUGGAGAAUCCCAAAAAAUAAAUAUUAUUAUUAUUAUUAUUAUUAUUAUUAUUAUUAUAUUCUAGUUGCCUUUGUUUUUAUUUUAAUAUUUGUACUCUUGUAAGGUUGCUUCACUGCAAUUACUAAAUUUUUAUUUUGAUGAUUAUAAAGUGGAAUAAGAUUUGAAAUGCAAUGG